UUGCAUUCACCUUUCAACAUGCACCGGUUCGUCCUUUCCGCGGCUCGAAGGAGUCUGCGCGGCGGUAUUUCGUCGACGUUUCUCUCAAUGCGCCCCUACUCGGCAAGCACAAGGUACGACGUGAUUGUGAUCGGGGGUGGGCAUGCUGGUUGUGAAGCUGCCGCUGCUGCGGCGCGAACAGGUGCCCACACCGCGUUGCUUACACAGAAACUGCAAACGGUGGGCGAGAUGUCGUGCAAUCCGUCCAUCGGUGGGGUGGGAAAGGGCACGCUAGUUCGUGAAAUCGACGCGUUGGACGGUCUCAUGGGCCGAGUUGCGGACGCCGCCGGCAUUCAAUUCCGCAUGCUCAAUGCGUCCAAAGGUCCGGCAGUACGCGGGCCACGCGCGCAAAUGGACCGCGACAUUUACCGCCACAACAUGCAAGUUGCACUUCGAGCCCAAGAAAACUUGGUCCUGGUGGAAUCUGGCGCUGAAGACAUCUUGCUUUGCCCUGACACAGGUCGCGUGACGGGAGUAGUCACUUCCGACGGCAAGACGAUUCACACGUCUGCAGUGGUGAUCACGACGGGCACAUUCUUACGAGGGCGGAUUUUCAUCGGCGACAAAUCCUUUCCCGCCGGCCGAACCCUCCGCGAAUCGCAAGGGGUCGAGGCGCCGUCGAUGGGCCUGGCCGCAACGUUGGAGCGUUUAAAGUUUCCCCUGGGUCGGUUGAAGACGGGCACGCCGCCUCGACUGGACGGACGCACCAUCUGCUUUGACGGCUUGGAAGUGCAGCCAAGCGACGCCGUGCCGACCCCGUUUUCGUUUCUUCAUGCAUUCAAACAACCCCUUCCCCUGCAAUCAUCCUUCCGCCCGUGCCACGUGACGUACACAAACGAAGCGACCCACGCCAUCGUCCGGCAGAACCUUCAUUUGUUGCCCCAGUACUCGGAGAACGACGGCAACGGCAUCGGCCCUCGGUACUGUCCGUCGAUCGAUGCCAAGGUCACGCGGUUCGCCGACCGGACGCGGCACCAAGUGUGGCUCGAGCCCGAAGGUCUCAACAACGACGUCGUGUAUCCAAAUGGGGUGAGCACAGCCUUGCCAGAACACUUGCAAGUGGAGCUCAUUCGCACCAUUCCCGGGUUGGAACGGGCUGAAUUGGUCAAGCCAGGGUACUCUGUGGAGUACGACUAUGUGGACCCGCGAUCACUGCACCAUACGCUAGAAACCAAACAAAUCCCAGGGUUAUUCCUUGCCGGGCAGAUCAACGGCACCACAGGGUACGAAGAAGCUGGAGCCCAGGGCGUCAUUGCAGGGGCAAACGCAGGCUUGGGCGUCCUCGGCAAACCAUCAUUUAGGUUGGACCGGGCGGACGGGUUCAUUGGGGUCUUGAUCGACGAUCUCGUGAGUUUGGGGACAAAGGAGCCGUAUCGGAUGUUCACAUCGCGGUCGGAAUACCGGUUGAUGCUGCGCCAAGACAACUGCGAUUUGCGCUUGACAAGACGAGCGUUUGAAGCGGGGUUCGCGUCUGAGAGUCGCAUGCAGCUGCUUCGAAGCAAGGAAGUGCUCGUGAAAGACGCGUGGAAGAGCCUCCUGGGCUUUCAAAUGGACCCCCAUGAAUGGAGCAAGAUGGACAACUUGACCAUUUCCAAAGACGGUGUCAAGCGAUCGGCGGCCCAUGUGCUCGCGUUUCCCCACGUCUCGUGCGACGAUAUGCUGGCGAUGUGGGCAGUCAAAGGCUACAACCACGGUAUCCAGUCGACCAGAAACUCACUUGUUCCAGCAGCAUGUACACAAAGUACCUUAUGAAUGUAUGUAGAUAUCCAUCCCAGUGUUCGAGAGUACAUGAAGACGGAAUGCUUGUACGCGACCCAGCUUCGGCUGCAAGAAAAGGAGAUCGAUGCGCUGCGGGCCAAGGCCCACGUUCGAUUGCCGGAAGACUUGGACUAUGCGUCGCUGCCGAUGCUGUCCAACGAAGAAAAGGAAAAGCUGGUUGCGGCGCGCCCCACGACUUUGCAUGCCGCGAGUCGCAUCAGUGGCGUCCGGUCGGCCACGCUCUUGUUGCUGUAUCAAUAUGUGUCGCGCACGAAAAGAGCCAAGUACAACACACCAACCACGCCCCAAACAAUCGCCAGUGACCUUGCGUAACACACUUGCACCACCAAAUGUACCAACUAACGUAACUGCGACACUGUUCACGACGACAGGAUAAUACAUUUGGUCACCAACACGAACACGAAUUCGCUUUCAUAUCCGUUACAGAUCACAUUAUCAUGCCC